AUGGUUUUGCCAUUCGAAAGACAACCCGUCUUGCAUAAAAGAUACGAGUUUUAUUCGCCUUCAUCUAAAGUUGCCGAUCCGAACGCUGAAGACUAUGUCAAUUUCUUAAGGUCAGUGACAGUGGCAAAUAUGUCAAAUAAAAGCCUAUUUAGAAUUAGAUAUUUUCAUAUUUUGCUAGAUAGUAAUAGAUUAUAUUAUAAAUAGUUAUAUUUGACAAUAAUUUUGAAACAGAUUCGAAAUAACACCUUGUAUUUUGUGUCCCAAUUUAUACUUUGGUCAAACUCUGCAAUCUUGGUCAAUGGUGAUUAAAUUACUCGGCAUCAGUCGAUAAUUUGUCAAAGCCGAUUUAUAGUACACAACUUUUGUCUGGAACUGUCGCAUGCAACUGGCUUACAACUUGAGUGUGCUGUACGUGUAACUUAAACCAAGCACUGUCAAUUCACCUACAUUGUUAAUUGUAAGUGAGUUGUGCUUGAUUUACACCGUACAAUUAAUACUGAUCAAGUUGUAAGCAGGUACUGAGACUGAGUUUCAGGCAAAAGUUGUGCGGUGUGAAUUCAUUUGGCCUUUAAUUUGUCCAGUACACAGCAAAAAGUUGUUAUAAUGCCGUAUUUAUUAUUUAAUAUACACAUAAACCUGACUGGAAAGUUUGGAAAUUGCACGGCUGAGAUUUAAAAAAUUUUAAAUCGUAAAUAUAUAGAAGCAUCAACUAAGAUAUAUCCGAGAUAUCAGCCAUGCGAUAUAUCGAGAGCAUCAAGAUACAUCCGAGGUAUCGGCCACGCGAUAUAUAGGAAACAUCAAGAUAUAUCUGAUCAAUAUCAGCCGCGCGAUACAAACUUUCCACACUGGCACAUAAACAGGUGAUGAUCGAUGUCAAUCCUGUCAAGACAAACUAUGCACACAAUUUUGCCUGACUAAAUAAGCUAUUUUAUGGUAAUUAAUUUGUAUUAAAUUAAAUGUAUAUUGUAUAGACUAUGACCUGUCAAUUUGUGAUCUAUCUGGCUAGUAUUUAUUCUUUGCUGAAACUAGUUCCUCCAGACUCAUUAUGACAUCAUCAGUCUCUUGCAUAAAUCAGGUUUUAGUUUUAAACUGAAUUAUCUCUAUAAUAAUCAGUUCUGUUACUUUCUAUCAAAAUAACUGUUUUCAUUUAAUGUAGUUCGUGUUUAAUUAUAACUACCUUCAUCACAGCUUAAUGUAUAGUGGCCCAUUUUUACUACAGCGAGAAACUAGAAUAUACUUAGUCGAAAAGUCAAACAGUUGAAGAAUUCUUUUCACAUUUAUCUUUAAAAUACUAGUGUGAAGUUAGAUGGUACGGCAAAGAGAAAACAAUGUCUGAAGUUCAGUAAAUCACCUAUCAUCGUCUUUUCCCGGGACAGGUGGAAAAUUCCCUGGAACCCUGCCAGGCAUGCCUUAAUCUCCUACUUCUUGUGAUUUAAUUUUGCAAACUAAUUUUGUUCAUGUUUAUAAGGCAUGUUUACAUGCUUGCGGGGAUGAUUUAAUUUACAGUAAAGUUUAGUAGCCAAAGUAGUAAACUGUGGCGAGCCCAAAAAUCCAGUGGCCAGCAGUAUUUAGCAGCUCAAAUGGUUACAAUUUCCUGACCCCUGGGGCAUGUAGUUUUUUAAAUGUUUGAAAAUUACCCAUGUCCUGGGGAAAAAGUUAUGUUACAAUCUCCCGAUAUUCCACCAUAUUUACCCAACUUGUUCAGUAAUGCUUGGAUUACAGUAUAAAUAUGGUGUCAAUUUACAGCAUCAAUGAUAAUUUUAUUUAAAUUGUCAACAUUUAACUUUAUUAUUUUGCGUUUCUCAACCGCUAGAUACAUAAAUAAAAAGGUUGCUAACUUUGUAAACUGCAAACUAAAGCUAAAAGUAAAACGCCAAAAAGAUUUUUGAGAAAAACGCUUCUGAUCUUGAUGAGAAUUAAGGCCUGUUUUAUAUGUCGAAUUUUGGUCGCGUCGAAUGCAAUUAAGACAAUCAGGGUGCGAUAAUUCGCGUACUUACGUACCGGAGGUAGCCAAUACUACUGUCUGGUACUUCUUUGUUUUCAGCCACGUACCACGUAGGUACGCGGAACUCUUGCUAUCUGCGUACUUAUUUUUUGCUGGUAGCACAUGACCUUUCCAAGUCCAAGCUAUUCAAUACCGUAAUUUAGUUGGUAUAUCAUGUGUCUGAGAUGUCUUGGCAUGAAACAUGAUUGCACUGAUGGCACUAAGAAACGCUGGAGUCGGUUGUUUGAAAUAUAGCAAAACUCCGUCUUUAAAUAGCAAAACACCCUUUUCAAAUAGCAAAACACCCUUUUCAAAUAGCAAAACACCCUUUUCAAAUAGCAAAACACCCUUUUCAAAAUAUAUAGGAAAACACCCUUUUCAAAUAGCAAAACUCCCUUUUCAAAUAGCAAAACUCCCUUUUCAAAUAGCAAAACUCCCUUUUCAAAUAGCAAAACACCCUUUUCAAAUAGCAAAAAUCCCUUUUCAAAUAGCAAAACUCCCUUUUCAAAUAGCAAAACUCUCUUUUCAAAUAGCAAAACUCCUUUUUCAAAUAGCAAAACUCCCUUUUCAAAUAGCAAAACUCUCUUUUCAAAUAGCAAAACUCCGUUUGCUACCUCGUAGUCUGAAUAUACUUUUCAGAAACCUGUACUUUAUGAACUUUAUUUUAAAGACUAAGUACACAUUGAGUAUUGAGUACUGAGUUUGUUCUAGCGCAAGUACGCGGCAACAACCAUUGGCGUACCAGUCAGGUACGACUAGAAAUCUUGAAUGAUCGCAGCCUGGACAAUAGAUAAUGAUUAAUGAGAUGAUAAACCUCAUUAAGCUUCAUUAUCUAUUGUUUGAAUUUCGAAAUUCGACGUAAAACGGGCCAAAAAAACUGAUAUUUCUCAAACAUUAAGGAAUAUGUCAAGCAGCGGUCCACAGCUUGCAGACAAGGAAACGAGUGGACAACGUGAAAUACCCCUAAAGUAAGUAAGGAAAUAUUCCUCUUCGAAUAUAGAUGGAAUAGAUAGAUAGAAUUUUUUAUUUAUACACGCUGACCUCGUCAACCGAAGCUGAUUUCCACGAGGGGCGUGUGCCAAAAAAUUGAAUAAGGUUUUUACAUGUACAGGAAAGUGAUAGAGCUAUUUACAAGAGUUUUAAGCGAUAUAGACUAUUAAAACAGUAACAUAUUAGUGAGUAUUAAAAUAGUGACAUAUUAAUGUCUAAUGAGAAAGUUGGCAGACUAUUUACAGGCACAUUAUUUACAAUACGUAUUAUUCAUAAAUGUGAGCAGCGAUUUUAUUUCGAAAGGAAGAAAGUGAUUUGCUUUCCCUAAUAUCUUUUGGAAUAGAAUUCCAAAGUUUAGCUCCGUUGUACAUGAAACUAUUUUCCAUGUUAUUAGAACGAGGUUUUGGUAAACAAAGACCCGUUCAUGAGAGCUUUAUUCCUCGACUAUUUUCAGGUCAGUAAAGGCGAAAGUUGAUACCGGGCUAGGAGGAAAAAGUUCCAGUAAAAUAAAGGAAGAUGUUACGCCUUUACCGAGGGGGAAUGGCGUCCAGGCGGUGACGCAAAUUGCUGUCACAAACAGGAAAGAAUUGGAGAAAAAGAUGAAAAUUAUCCAGGUUUGGAUGCCACCUGAUUUUAUUAAUAUGUAUUGGAAUUUACUCAGUUUAUGUUAAUUCAUUUGAGAUUUGAGUGAUUUGAUUGAACUGGUGCGGGCGUAUCAUUUCUUUGACGUCUUUCUCAAAUACGCAACAUGAGCUCCACCUUUGAAUUUACUAUAUGAGUAAAUUCUUAAACACGUCCGAAUUUAUCAUUAUGAUAAAUUCGCGGCACAUUUUGAAUUUAUCAAUAGAGUUAAUCAUAAAACCAAAAGCAUUAGACAAGACUUCUUGUUAUAAAUAUAAUGGCACUAAAAGGGAGGCUGGUCGCGCGGGGGUGUGGAGAUUUUCAAGCAAAAAAAGUUUACUAGUUAGACUUUCAAAAAAGUUAAAAAAGUUAGGGUUAGGGGUUAGUGGGUAGGGAUGGGGAUGGGGUUAGGGUUAGUGUUAGUGUUAGAUGUUGCGAAUUUAUUAUUAUGAUAAAUUCAAAAUGUGCCGCGAAUUUAUCAUAAUGAUAAAUUUGGACGUGUUUAAAAAUUUACUCGUAUAGUAAAUUCAAAGGUGGAGCUCAUGUUGCAAAUACGUUAUACUAAAGUUUAUUUUUUACAUAAACCAUAGAAGGUUACUUAAGCGAACUCGAUGCAGACAUUAUAGACCGAUCAUUAUCUACACACGUAAAAACGCACAAGUUGUAACAAGUCUGCAAACAAGUUGUUACACGUCUGUCCACAAGCUGUCAACAAGUUGUGCUCGCACUGCUUGUUCCCAGUUUGUUGUAACAAGUUUGAAACAAGCUGUUAACAACUUGUAACAAGCUUGAUGGCAUUAUCAGCCUUGUUACAAGAUUGUGCUAACAAGUUUGUUACAGUCAUGAUAUAACAAGGAUGCUACAAGGUUGUCAACAUAAGGUUGUAACAAUCUUGUUAUAUCAAGCAUGUCACAAACUUGUCAGAACAACCUUGCAACAAGUCUGAUAAUUUCGACAAGAUUGUUACAAGUUGUCAACAAGUUGUUCCAAACCUGUUGACAACUUAUGACAAGCAGUGCGAAUACAUCUUGUUAACAGCUUGUGAACAGACUUGUUACAAACUUGUGCGUUUUAACGUGUGUAUUACAUAAUGGUUAAAUGAAAACUUUUCUAUUGGUUGUUUAAUAGCGAAAAUACAAUACGCACGUGACGAUGAAUGAACCGAACAUUUAUUACAUAAACCAUAAAACCAACACAAAAACAUAGAUAAUGAUCGAGGACUAUUUUGUCUGCAUCGAGUCCCCUAACCUUGGGGCCCGUUCUUAUUCUAUUAACUACAGUAUAAUGCAUAAACACAACAUCAAUUUUGUUCAUGCUGUGUCAUUUAUGUUUUGGUGUCAUUUUGAUUGGCACCUCAAAUUGGGAUGUUCUAAAGAUGUAUCAUAAACAGUAAAUCGAUUGUCAUUUUUAUUCGUAAAUGGUCAGAUGGCAAUGCUAAUUUAUCCAUAAUGUCUUAAUGAUAUUUUCGUAGGAUAACAUGCUCCACCAUAAACAAGAAGAGCGGAAACUGAAACGAAUAGAGGGAGACAUUGUAAAAAAACAGCGACUGUUACGACGAGUUAUGCAAGAUUAUGACAAUGGUGAGUUAAUUUUUUUUAUAAAAUUAUAGUUGUAAGUCUUGAUGCUUGUGAUGUUACUCUGAGUGUAUAUCCACACCGGGCAAGCUUGAAAAACAUGCCUGACCACGGUGGGAAUCGAACCGACGACCUUUGGAAUACUAGCCCAAUGCUCUGCCAACUGAGCUACGCGGUCAGGCAUAUUUUUCAAGCAUAUUUCAGGCAUAUUUUUCCACCGUGGUCAGGCAUAUUUUUCAAGCUUGCCCGGUGUGGUUAUACACUCAGACUAGAGUAACAUCACAAGCAUCAUAUUCACCUGAGUACAUUACACCAACACAGAAAAAUCAUGGUUGUAAGUCUUGUUGUUGCUGCCAGACUGAUUCUCAUUAUAGACUAAUUUUAAAAUGUAUUACAGAUAUAGACUAGACCAGGGGUGGAUUUACUGGGGGGGGGGGCGUUGAAAGUUUAGGUUGAAAAUUUAGGUUCAAAAUUUACGUUUAAAAAACCAACGAGACGGCAGUGAUUAAUUCCUUUGUCUUUUCUUCAUGAAUUAUUAAUUAUUCGGCGCAUGGGAAGAGCCUCGCCUUAACAAGUUAAAUGUUUUUCUUAGAUACUUUUGGCAAGAAAAAAGUCGAGGAGAUGAAAUUGCAAGGAAGCAUCAAGGAAAUUGAAGAGGCCAAGCAUCAUCAUCUUCACAAAGAACUUUUGGUAAUUUAAAUGUGUUUUUUUGUAAUUUUAAUAGUUUUGUGACCGUCUUUUGAGUCUCCAAAAUCUUCCUGUGGCAUUAUCAUUGUGGAUUAUUUCAUACCAAAUGAAUUUAGUGUUUAUAUUUUAUGUUUUGAUUGAAUAGGAUUCAAAGUCACGAAGGAAGAAAAGUUUGUCCGAAUCUGUUAGACAACAGGCAACUAACAAGAAAAGAUUUGCUAAUGAAGUAAGUUGGUACACGCCCCAACGGCAACGACGAUACCGUUUAAAAAUUUUAUUAAAAUAUUAUAUAAUACAACUAAAUGUUUAACUAUAUUUAUACUGGAUAUAGCUCUAUUAUAGUUAUAAACUGUUAGGGGUGUCAUUUUGAAUUCAAUGAGCCAAUUUUUAAGCCAAUCUUUAUAAUAAUGAGAAUUAAAAGAUUUUUAAAUCUGUUAAAUUAUAUUCACCUAACAAAUUGUUUGGUGUUUAAAUUAGUUUUUUAAUUACAUAAAUUUAUUAAUAAUUACAUAAAUCUAUUCCAUACAAACCAUUCCCUUUACUAUUAUAGAAACGACUUGGAAUAUCAAUACGAAAAGACUGCUGA